AUGGGCUUAACCGCCAAUACGCGUGACUGCCUCCGCCGAUUUCUUACUUCGCGGGGGAGCAUCGCUGACACGAAUGGCAAGCCGCUGCGUCCGGGAGGCACACAGGAAGUGGUCAAGGACGAUGCGGCGGCAGAGAUGCCGCAAGAAGACGCCGAUGACGACCGCCGGUUUGCCUCCACGCUCAGGAACGUCGUGGGCGAGAAGCGGCACAAGGCGUGGUUCGAGGGGCGAGUCGGGUUCGACCUCUCCAGCAAUGACACGCUGGUUGUGAGCGCGGGCAGCACUCUAGAGUGCGACUGCCUGCGGAAGCACUUCAAGGCGGAACUGAAGCAGGCCUGCAGAGCCGCUGGUCUCGGGGCCCGAAGCAUCGAGUUUGUCGUCGACGCUGCCGUGGCGCCGACGCCCGCUCGACAGGAUCGCCCGGCGGAGCCCGCCUUGAAGGCCGCCCCCGCGCCCAAGGCGCCGCCGAAGCCCAGCGAAGCGCCCGGCUUUCUUGUCAGCGACUCCAAUCGCGAGGCCGCCAAGCUGGCCGAGCUGAUCGCGGCCGGCAGCCCCGCGCCCUCGCCGGUGGUGCUGUGGGGACGCGGCGGCACGGGCAAGACGCACUUGUUGCGGGCUAUCGCCGAUGGCUUUCGCUCGCGGCACCGCCGCAAGCGGGUGGUUCGCUUGACGGCCGAGGAGUUUACGUCCGGUUUUGUCGAGGCGGUGCACGGACGCACGCUCGCCAGUUUCCGAGGCCGCUGCCGCGGCGUCGACCUGUUGCUGAUCGACGACAUCCACUUCCUGCUCGGCAAGCAGAAGACGCUCGAGGAGCUGCAGUACACGCUCGACACACUCGCCGCCCAGGGCGCCGACGUGGUGCUGACCAGCGACCGCAGCCCGGCCGAGCUCCGCAGGAUGAGCGGUGAGCUGCUCUCGCGGCUCGGCGCAGGAGUAGCGGUCGAGAUCGCCCCGCCCGACCACAGCCUCAAGUCGCGACUGAUCGAGCGGUUCGCGCAGCAGUCAGGAGUGCGGCUCGAGCCGGCCGCGGUGCGGAUAAUCGCCAGCGGGUUGAUCGGCGGCGCCUGGGAGAUCCGGGGCGUCGUCAACAAACUGGGCCUCUCCAGCAGGCUGCUCGACCUGGAUAUCUGCGAGAAGGCCGUUGGCCGCGCCAUCGACGACAUGAACCGCGUCAGCACGCCGAGCGUUGGCGUUAAGCAGAUCCAGGAAGCGGUCUGCAGCGUGUUCGGAGUCGAGACUGGCGUCAUCAAAUCGAAGCGACGCACCAAGAGCGCCACCGAACCGCGUAUGCUGGCGAUGUGGCUUUCGCGGAAGUACACACAAUCCGCAUGGAGCGAGAUCGGCGACCAGUUUGGCAACCGCAGCCACAGCACCGUCAUCUCCGCGUGCCGGCGGAUGGACGAGCUUCUGGGCAGCGAGGCCUCGGUCCAUGUCGCGGGCAGGCGCCGGGCGAUUUGUUCGCGGCCCGCUUCCCGAUCGGUUACGCUACGCCCUAUGGCUAGUUUCCGGUCAUUCGCAAUCGUGCCGGCCGCGGGGCGGAGCUGCCGCAUGGGGCGGCAGAAGCUGCUGCUCCCGUUUGCUGGGCGGCCCCUGAUCGAGCACACGCUGCAGGCAUGGACGGCCAGCGCCGUUGAGCGGGUGGUGGUCGUUGUGCGCCACGGUGAAUCUACGCUCCGAUCGCUCUGCGAAGACUUUCCGGUCGACGUUGCUUGCGUCGAGUCCUCGCCCGACAUGCGGGCAACAAUUGAAGCGGGGUUGGACUUUCUGCAGUCGACCUGGCAGCCCAGCAAUCAUGACGCGUGGCUGACCGCGCCGGCGGACCUGCCGACGCUGUCGUCAGGGUUGGUCAAUACACUUGUCGACGCUUACGAGCCGAAGGAUCCAGCGGUGUGGGUCCCGGAGUCCUCCGGCCGGCGGGGGCACCCGGUGCUCCUGCCUUGGGCCGCUGCCGAUUCCGUGCAGUCGCUUCCUAGUGGAGCAGGGUUGGAUCAGUUACUGACGGAAGCGGAGGUCCGGACGUUGUCCGUUAGCGGCGACGACCUGCCCCGGGAUAUCGACACCCCAGAGGACUACCGCCAACUUGAGAAACCAAUGACAGAUCGGCACUCGAUCAAAGUCAACGGUCAAACCCACGCCGUCACGACGUCCUCCGACCGUCCGCUGCUAGACGUGCUCCGCGAAGACCUGGGCCUCACCGGGACUAAGUACGGGUGCGGCGAAGGAGAGUGCGGGGCUUGCACCGUGUUGAUCGAUGGCGUCGCCACGCGGAGCUGUAUCACAUCGGUUGAAGAAGUGGCGGAUGCCAGCGUCGAGACAAUCGAAGGGCUCGCCGGAGACGAACUGCACCCCGUGCAGCAGGCGUUCAUCGACCAGCGGGCGAUGCAGUGCGGCUACUGCGUGCCGGGCCAGGUGAUGAACGCGGUUGGCCUGCUCCGCGAGAAGCCCCACGCGACCGAAGCCGAGAUUGUCGAAGCGAUGAACGGGAACUUAUGCCGCUGCUGCAAUUACCGCAACCUGCGGGCGGCGAUCCUGCAGGCGACGCGGUAG